AACAGGUGCGGCAUGUGCGCGCCCUCUGCACAACAGCCAACCGAUUGAUCGCAUUCAUUUCGCCAAGCAACUACCCUGCUCUUCGAGUCCUUGUUUUCCUUGUGCCACCUGUGUGGAUCGAUUCUGGCCUGCUUCUGGUGUUAUUCAGAGCCCCUGAUAUUUUUUUACGUCAGCGAAAUCGCAGUGCCAGGGGAAAAAAUCAAGCCCAUUCAACUGUGCGAAGGCGGAUGACCAGCGGGGCUUUAAACGGCAUGGUAUCCGCCUGGCUACCGGUGCCUUCAGGACGAGUCCUGUGGAGAGUCUCUACGUUGAAGCCAAUGAGUGGUCGCUUCAUCUUCAGAGGACGACAUGACGUCGCUGAAAUAUCGGCAAGACGUAUUGAGCUAUGCCUCGCUUAUGAAGAGCCUGCACCCAGACGUGUCCCAGCCAUCUGCUCUUGCUGAACAAGUGAUGGAACUACGAACAGCCCAGGGCGAAAUGGCCUUGAAGCUUCCUCUCUACUGCACAGAGUCAUCACUGAACUUUUGCGAACUAGUGGACCAACUACCAGAACUGAAUGAUGUUCUUUGCUUCGUGGGAGCUGAAGCGGUUGAGAUCGCCCACGGAAAACUUUCGCUACGCCUAUACGAGCGUACAGAAAAAGUUUGUCACUUUCGCAUCAUGGAAGUACUUGCCGUAUAUCUACACUGCAUUCUGGCUCGACAUUCCUGUGUGCACACUCUCCAGUUCAAGUUCGCAACGCAGAAAUGCCACAGUUUCGAUCUCCUACUCUGCCACGCCUUGAGCCGGUCUACGUCAUUGCGUUGCAUUCAUCUGACAGGCUCUACCUUCAAUACUGAGUGCACUGCCCAAGUCUUCGGUGCCAUCUCUAAUCUGCUCAAGAAGCAGCUAUUCGAGCUUUCGCUAGAAUCGCUCGUACUUGACGGAGAUGUCGAUGCGCCCUUGCAAGAAUUCUUGGCGAGCCUGUCCACCACAGAAACUCUCAAGGUGCUCGUGGUCGUUAAUGUCGCAGUCACCAGCCCUCAGGCACAAGCAACGCCCUUUCACUUCGUGGAAGCCACUAUGGAUGCCUUAGCCAGAAACUCGAGCCUAUUCAGCCUCGUAAUAGGCUCUUCAUUAGGUUCCCGGCAUCUAAACGAAAAGCUGGCCCGGAUGCUCGCCAGCCCUUUCGCACCAGAGCGCCUGACUGUGAUUUCUCACAGCCCCAACUUUAGCCAUGCGUUGCGCCUGGUGCUAUCAAAUCUACGGCAAAACAUGAGAGUAACGAAAAUUACAUUCAAGGGAUUUCAUAUCAAUUCCACGGAUAUGAGAUUUGCUUCGGACCUGCUGGCUGCCAACUGCAUGAUCCAAGAAAUGAGCUUCAUAGAAUCAACGUGGGAUUUAACACAGGGACCAGACAAUUGGCAUGCCAGGGCAGUGGUGAAACUCCUUGAGAGUACAGCGCAUUUGCGACGACUCGUUGUGCCAUUCGAGUUUAUCUCCGAAGAGGUGUGUUCCAUUCUGCAAGCAGCUCAACGGUGCGAAUCACUAAAGGAGCUGCACUUUCCUGUUCUUUUCACGCCUGGCUUGGAGGUCGUAUUCAUGGCAUUGAAUGUUUCACCCCUCGUGGAGAAGCUCAGAGUAGGAACAUUCUGCGUGGCUGCGGACACGGCUGCUUCGAGUGCGGUUGCCCUCCUCCAAAAUGCUUUCUCAGGUCCUCAGAGACUUAAAAGUAUUGACCUGCUCUUUGGGCCGAGGGGCGACUCACCCUGGCUCGUCGGUGGCCAUUGUGGAGGUCACCUGACCAAUCUAUCGGUGACGGACUGCACUGGACAGACGCUGCUGCACCCCGACUUUGCCUGGUGUCUGGGAGCCUAUCUGCCUCUGACGCGAAGCCUGAAGACACUCACCAUCGCAGUGGCAACGUUUCAGGAGUCGGCGAAAUACGUCAUACAAGGGCUUGCCUUGAAUGGCAGCAUUGAGGAGCUAUUCAUGAAUAAUUUUUCGGCGCAAUAUGAGGAUGUGUGCUUGCUUUGUACAUGGAUAUCGAGGAGUCAGCAAGUGCACAGUGUCCAGGUGUACUUUGAUAAGACUGUCACGGGACUCUUCCUCGAGACACUUGCAGGAUGUAUGCAGUACAACUACACGCUCACAUCACUCUCUAUUGGCUGCCAUCGCUUGGAGACCGUGCACGAGUUGCAAGUCAAGAGCAUAACUCGGCGAAACUUCGGACUCGUGCAGUGCGCUGCCAGCUACGUCCUUGGAUGCCCGACGCGUCGCGCAGAAGUUGCCUUCAAAAUUGUAGCGUGGCACCCACAGCUUCUACCGGCCGUGCAGAAGAUGGGACUCAUGGGCGAAAAGGAAGCCAAACUGAGAAUUCGCCGAGCUGGGCAGUCGAGUGCGCUCUAACGUUGGUAUGGACUGAAAGGCCAUGGGGUCAUUCAAAUCCUUUUAACCACGAGCCCCACAGAACGUCGAGGGAGAAUGCGGGAACUUACGGUCUUCUGAUGUAGCAUUCAGUAAUAAAUAACACCAUUUCCUUUU